AUUUUAUGAGCGAUUUUUCUUGAAUGUAUUUAGAAUGUAUAUUUUGUACCUCACUAUAGAUUCCAGGUAUAUAAUAUCAAAAGGUUAUUAUUUUCGAUUUUCAGGUUUUGAUAUUGAUUCUCAGCAAACUUAUGCCUUUUUAUUUUUCACACUCUGACUCUCUGACUUUCGACGAUAAUAAAUAACACGCUCAGAAAUAAGCGGAACUGUUCACUUGGAUGGAAUGUAGGUAAAAUCAUCUAUGAAAGCCCUGUACUUUAAGUUACGAACUGUAUGGACAUACAAACUUGGUUUAGAAUUUUCUUUUUCGUCAGUUUUUAGGAUCCGCUGCUAUUUUUUUUUGUUUUCAGUAUAUGAUUAAAAGUGCUAGAAAAGGUAAAAUAGCAAAAACAAGCAAGUGGAGUACGUAAUAGUGAUCGAUGAAUUUACAGGGUCAAAUUAAUUUAAUAUUUUGUAACGCAAUAAGUACAACAAUUGUAAUGUAACUAAUAAUAAAAUUUAAAGCAAUUUAAAAACUUGAUAUUUCAUUAUAUAAAUGCUGCUUAUCAUCACAAAAUGCAUAUUACGUGCUCCCCGCUUCCACGUUAUGUAUUUACAUAUAAAUUUUUUAAAACUAACACUUUUCUGAGUGCAGUAGUGCAAGUUAUAAAUUUAGAAUAAUGGGUAUUUCCAUGGACAGGUGGAAAGGGAAGACUGCAAUAGUAAUUGGUGCUAGUUCAGGAAUUGGAGCUGCUAUUGCCGAUGCUCUUGUGCAACACGGCUUAAUGGUAGUGGCGGUAGCUCGCCGUGUAGAAAUAAUCGCAGAAAGAGCCAAAAAUUUAUCCAGAAAAUCUGGAAAACUAUAUGCUUUCAAAGCUGACAUCACCAAGGAAGAAGACGUUUUAAAAAUAUUCAAAUGGAGCAAUGAAAAUCUUGGACCUGUUCACAUUCUUAUUAAUAGUGCUGGAAAAGUUGCAGUUGGCACGUUUACAAAAGGCAAAACUGAAGACUGGAAAUCAGUUUUUGAUGUGAACGUUUUGGGUUUAUGCACCGCCACGCGAGAAGCUGUAAAAAUCAUGAAAGAAAAUAAGAUAAACGGUCAUAUUAUUCACGUUAAUAGUGUGUUGGGGCACCAGGUUCCGAAUGCACUUGGUCUGAAUAUUUACCCGGCUUCCAAGCACUCUGUAACCGCUCUAGCUGAAACCUUAAGGUUUGAGUUAAAUACUUUUGGAUUAAAGAUAAAAGUUACGAGUAUUAGUCCCGGUUUUGUGGAAACUGAAAUGACUACGUUGAAUAAGGACUUACCGCCAGCAAGAAAAGCUUUAUUUGAAAGUAUACCUUCGCUAAAAAGUGAAGAUAUUGCUGAUGGAGUUAUUUAUGUUUUGUCUACCUCAGAACACGUUGAAGUGAGUUUCAGAAGUAAAAUAUCAGUACGUGGUGAUUCUUUUUUAGAUUCAAGAAUUGAUCAUAAGGCCCCUUGGAGAAAAAAUUUAAACAUUUCCAUGGUUUUUUCCUAACUGUUGGAGUUAUGAAAUAUACUAAAAGCAAGUUCUUUUAUUCAUUUCUGGAAAAACUGAUUCCUUAGAUUCUAUGAUAAAUUGUCAAUAAUAAUAUUAUUUUAGCGAGAUUUACUAAACCAAAUUUUGAGGUGACGUCAUCAAGAUUUUGAAAGGGAUGAACAGAAGAAGUCUAUAUGGCGUUUACAAAAUUUCAAAGUAAUUAGUUUAUUAUCUUUUUAGUUAAAAUUUUACUGCUUCAUUUUAAUCCUUUUUAUCCAAAAAUCUACAUGCAUAAAGUCAAAAAUAAGGGCUUGGUGGAUUAACAAACACAUGUAUAAAUAUAAAUCAUCAAAUUUUUGGUGGAAAUGAUCAGACAAAUUAUUGUGGGUAGCGUUUCAGUAUGUACAUGAAAUUCGUAAAAUAUACUUAUUAAAAAACAAUCAGUCUCGUAGUUUUGGAAAUUAUCUGGCUAACACACUUCUAACAGGCCACAUACUACAGAUAGACGGAAAUGUUUGGAAAAUAAAUUCAACAAAUUUUACAGUUUUUUUCAAAAAGUGCAUAAUGAAUUUCUUUGAAGUUUUGUAAAAUAGCUAAUAACUUAGAUAAACUAGGUAUUUAUUAUUAAGAGUGUAACACUACAAUGUAAACAUAAUAAAAAAGGAGAGGGUGUGGAAAUAUAUAGUAUUAGAGAAAUAAGGGCAACACUACUGUUAAGAAAAAGCAAAACAAAUACAUUUGCUUGAAGUAGGUGAUAUCACUUUAUAAAAACACGCAAACAAACAUUAUAUUGUGCAUUAUAACUUAACUUUCCAUUGUUAUUCUAAAUCCGUAUUUUCUGAUAAGUUUUUGUUUACUUGAAAAAAAACCAAAUGGAAAUUUUUUACGUCUUCUUUACACUUUUAUAUUCUACAAAUACAAAUUAAUAUCCGUGUUCUUUCACUUUAGAUUAAAACGUUGAAAAUAACCACAGCUUGUAGUGUCCGAUAUACGGUUAAUACAUUUAUCUACAACGUUAUCUGUUCUCAAUGUCAUCAACUUAACAGACAGACAUAAAUAACUACUUGCGACAGACAAUAAAGUUUUUCGCAUCAUUACAAACGAAACAAUGACCGAAGACGAUACUUAUGUCAUAAAGGGUCCUCCACCAUUAAAAGAAAUACCCAGUAGUUCUCUCGGAAAAAUAAUUUACGAAAAGCUUUCAACAGAAUUCGAAAA